CCCUCCCUCCCUCCAUGCCGCGCUGCUGCCCGGCUCUGUGCAUCGCCCCCCGCCCCACCACCACCGCCGCCCCCACCCCCGCCGCCUCCUCCCCGCUGCCGCUCCCUCCCGCCGCCGUGUCCCGCCCGCCGCUCGUGGUGCUGCUGCUGCUGCAGCGCCGCCCCGCGCCGCGCCGCGCUCCGCACAAGAUGGCGGCCGGCGGGAGCGGCCCCGGGGGUCUGUCCUCCUCCUGCCCGCAGCCCCCGCCGCCCCCCCCGGGCAACGGAGCGGCCUGCGCCGCCGCCGACGGAACCCCCGCGUCCCCCCCGGGGCUCACCUACAACCAGUGCGGAGCCAACAACCCGGCGGCGGCGGCGGGAGGAGCGGGAGGAGGAGGAGGAGGCCCGGGAGUGGGGGCGGCCCCGGCGGGCGGCCCGGGCGGAGGGCUGCAGCGGGAGCCGGUGUACAACUGGCAGGCGACCAAACCCACGGUGCAGGAGCGCUUCGCUUUCCUCUUCAACAACGAGGUGCUGAGCGACGUGCACUUCCUGGUGGGGAAAGGCCGAGGGACGCAGCGCAUCCCGGCACACAGGUUUGUGCUGGCUGUGGGCAGCGCUGUCUUCGAUGCCAUGUUCAAUGGUGGGAUGGCCACAACGUCCACAGAGAUCGAGCUGCCCGACGUGGAGCCCGCUGCCUUCCUGGCUCUGCUGAAGUUUCUCUAUUCAGACGAAGUUCAGAUCGGACCAGAGACUGUUAUGACAACACUUUACACAGCUAAAAAGUAUGCAGUCCCAGCCCUGGAAGCUCACUGUGUGGAGUUCCUGAAGAAGAACCUCCGAGCAGACAACGCCUUCAUGCUGCUAACACAGGCGAGGCUGUUUGAUGAGCCUCAGCUGGCCAGCCUGUGCCUGGAGAACAUAGACAAGAACACAUCGGACGCCAUCAACGCAGAGGGCUUCACUGACAUCGACCUCGACACGCUGGUGGCGGUGCUGGAGCGGGACACGCUGGGCAUCCGCGAGGUUCGCUUGUUCGGCGCCGUGGUUCGUUGGUCGGAGGCUGAGUGUCAGAGGCAGCAGCUGCAGGUGGUGCCUGAGAACAAGAGGAAGGUGCUGGGCAAAGCACUGGCACUCAUCCGCUUCCCUCUGAUGACGAUUGAGGAGUUUGCAGCAGGGCCGGCACAGUCGGGGAUCCUGACGGACCGGGAGGUGGUCAGUCUGUUCCUGCACUUCACCGUGAACCCCAAACCUCGCGUGGAGUUCAUCGACCGGCCGCGCUGCUGCCUGCGGGGGAAGGAGUGCAGCAUCAGCCGAUUCCAGCAGGUGGAGAGCCGCUGGGGGUACAGUGGGACUAGUGACAGGAUAAGGUUCUCAGUGAACAAACGGAUCUUCGUCGUUGGCUUUGGGUUGUACGGCUCCAUACACGGACCCACGGACUACCAGGUGAACAUACAGAUCAUCCACACGGACAGUAACACGGUGCUGGGGCAGAACGACACGGGCUUCAGCUGCGACGGCUCCUCCAACACCUUCCGGGUGAUGUUCAAGGAGCCCGUGGAGGUUCUGCCCAACGUCAACUACACGGCGUGCGCUACUCUGAAGGGCCCCGAUUCCCACUACGGCACCAAAGGGCUGCGCAAGGUGAUCCACGAAUCGCCCACCAGCGGCGCCAAGACCUGCUUCACCUUCUGCUACGCGGCCGGGAACAACAACGGCACUUCGGUGGAGGACGGACAGAUCCCAGAGAUCAUCUUCUACACAUAGUGCCGCCACGGGUCGGAGCCCGACAGCGCCCGGAAGCGCCGCCCCGAAGCCCACCGCCGCGGGGCUGCGGCCGCCCCUUCCUCCCCUCACCCCACCGCCAUCCUCCCGUGGCCGCGCUGAGCGUCGGCGCUUCUCCGCCCGCCGGGAGCACGGAGGUGAGCGGCGCCGCCGGGGGGGGCUCAGCGCUGCGGGACGGACGGUGCCGGUGGGGACGGACGGUGCUGCGGAGCUCCGGUUGGGCGCUGCGGGAGCCCCCGGGGCGGGACGUUCCCCUGCAGUGGUGCUCAGCAGCCGCUGUGGGCGGUGCCGCAGCGUGGGACGCUCUCGGGGCCUCCGCGUGGGGUGGCUCAGUGCCGAAAGAACGCAACGAAAACCGCAGGAGGAGGUGAAGCUGAGGGGGCCGCGCGUUGUUCGCUGCGUGGGGCUGCAGGGCCCGGCCUCACCGCCCCGCUUCCCACCCCUCCUCCGCGGUUGGCAGCAGGGGGUCCCUCUGCGGGGAGAGGAGCCCCGCGUGGCUCAGCGCCGUGCGGCUGCUGUACAUACAGGAACGGCGCCCGCUGUCGGCCUUCGCCCCUUCCCCAAAGGCUGAGGCGUUGCACCGCGUCGCCCCCGAGCAGAGCCGGGGCCGCCCCCGGCGCUGCACUGAAUGUAUCCGCUGCUCUGUCCCGUGUUUGCGCUCUGCUUUGGGCCGCGGCUCUGAGAUUUGUACAUAGGAGAUGAAUAAAGACCUCGGGUUGUCUUUA